GCAGAUGAACAUGUCAAAUGAACAGAUAUCUACACAACUAAACACAAGUUUAAAUGAAUUUUCGUCCCAAUCACCACUGAUGGCACAGAGCAGUAAAAAAGAAAAUCUGCAGAUUUUGUUGCUGGGCAAGACCGGGUCGGGAAAGAGUGCAACCGGAAACACCAUCCUGAAUCGCCAAGCUUUUGGGGCAAAAUGUUCUUCUGAGUCGGUAUCCAGGAAAUGUGAUGCACAGAAUGUGCAUGUGGAUGGCCAGGAAAUCACUGUGAUUGACACACCAGGGCUCUAUGACACAUUAAUGACAGAAAAAAAACUAAAAGAGGAAAUUGAGAAGUUAUUUAAUUUCUCUGGUCAUGGUCUUGAUGUGAUUCUGCUAGUUAUCAAAAUAAAUGAAAGAUUCACAAAGGAGGAGGAAAAUGCUGUGAACUGGAUCCAAGAGAAUUUUGGAGAAGAGGCUUUAAAACACACCAUUGUGCUGUUUACCAAUGGAGAAGACUUAGAAUACUACAAUAUUACAAUCAAUGAGUAUAUAAAUAAUGGGGAAAAGAUAAAGACAUUAGUUGACAAGUGCAAUGAAAGAUUUCAUGUUUUUAAAAACAGGGUUAAUGAUCAGACACAGGUCAUCGAGCUUCUGACAAAGAUUAAGAAAAUGAUUAUUCAGAAUAAAAACAGAUUGUAUACCAAAGAAAAAUUUGACAACGCUCAAAGAAUUCUGCGCCUAAAAAAAGCCUUCAUUGGAGGGGUAGUAGGAGCAGGAGGAGCAGGAGGAGCAGCUGCAGUGGCAGGUGCUGGUAAGGCUGCUGUAGCAGGAGUAGCACUGGCAGGAGGUGCAGCAGGAGUAGCAGUUGGAGCAGGACUAGUUGGAGCUGGAGUGUAUGCAGUUUCAAAGCAUUUCACUUCAAAUAAAAGUAAAGAUGAAUAACAGAAAUUAACCACCUGUAUAGCUUUUCACGUAACUUUUACCUCAGGUUAUCCUCAUUCACUCAAAAAAAUAUUUCAGCCCUUAACUUAAUUCAAUUACGUACAAAAUUUCCAUGCAUUUAGAUUACAUAGUUUUAACUUAAACAAAUCAAUUAAACUUAAUGUGAUUCAAAUGCAUCCGUCUUACGUAAAUGAAUCAGGUAAAGUUGAUGUAAUAUUUCCCAGUGUUAAACAAACCCUGCUCAGUGUUCAUGUGUUUCCACACUACAGAGUGUUCAAGUAGCAUUGACACAGUGUUGGAGUUAAGGAGAUCAUUAUGUCAUGAUUGACCAAUAAUGAUCAACACCUGCUGUUUACAAGCAGAAUCACAGAAGGAAAGAGAAACACAUGAAUCAGUCACAGCCAAAGAGAAAAUGAACAUAAAUAAAUGAAGACAUUCAAUCUGACUUGACGUUUGACUUGAUUUCUGUCAUAUAUCCACAAAUAUUAAUUCAGAACAUCUAAACAGAGGUUUAGAUAUUUUAUUUUUAUUUAUUUUUUUUUUUUAAAGUUUCAAUUAACCUCACCAUCACGGCGAUCAGGGUUUACUUUAGUUGGACUCUUGACUUUUGAUUUUUUUAUUUUAACUUUUUUGGCUGCUGUAAUUAUGUGUAUGAAGCACAUUUAUUACAGCAAAAUAAAAAAGCCAAAAAGAAGUCUGAUUAGGUGUUCUUGGUUAGUUUUUAUUGUUUGUUAAAUCAUUAUUAUCCAGUGGCAUGAUGCACUGGUGUCAUGCAGUGGUUAGUCUAUUAUUUUCAUAAUGUUUACAACAGGUGCAUGAGCUAUUAUGGAUGUUCAUCAGAUACACUAAACCUUGAAAUCUACAGCAUCAGUUUGACACACACAGACAUCAAGAAUCAGCAUCUGAAUCUCAACAAUGGUGACAUUCAACAGCUGCAUGCUGGGUAACAGCAGAUUAUAAAACUCACCCAUGACUCCCAGCAUGCAGCUGUUGAAUGUCACCAUUGUUGAGAUUCAUAUGCUGAUUCUUGAUGUGUGUGUGUGUGUGUGUGUCUAAGUAACACUGGAGAUCUUAAAGUAGUAAUAGUUACAGUUCAUACAACUACUGUAAAUGUCAUGAAACUUACAGGUAAACCACUGAACGAUAUCAGUAUAUCAGGCCACUGGAUGACUAUUACAACAUCAAUAAAAAUUAACCAAGAACACUUAAUAUGCCCCCCCCCCUCCCCCUUUUUAUUUUAUUUUUUUAUUUUUUUUGCGCUAUAACAAACAUGCUCUACAAACACAAUUACAGCAACCAAAGAACAA